AGCAGGGAUGAUUCCAUUUUGUUAUUUAGUCGUUCCUCGCCCACUUCUUGAACGUUCUGCAUUCCGGGUCUGGUUCAGAUUCUCUUCGAGGUCUUGAGGCAUUGAAAGUUGCGGCAUUCCCUGACAGCUUCGUAGUGCGGGCAGUAGUAGGCCUUACGAGGCAGGGUGGGGCUGGGGUCGGGGAAUUUAGCUGGGAUGGGAAUUUCUGCAUUCACCUUCAUGUCGGCCGACCGUGGCUUGAGUCCACGAGCCUGAUUUCAGCUCUCCUCACAACCGCCUGGGAUUCUGAAACCCCGCCACGUCUCGGGACCUUUCUUGACGUGUUCUCUUGCUCCUGUGUAGAGCGAUGGCAUCCAUGGCGCUGCAACUCUCGCUCGCGGCGAUCCUUCUGCUGCUCAGCAAGGUGUCCACGGUCGAGGCCGUGGCCGCCUGGGCCGUCACAGACUGGGGUGACGCCCACGCCACAUUCUAUGGCGGACAGGACGCUUCCGGCACCAUGGGUGGUGCUUGCGGGUAUGGCAAUCUCUACUCCGUCGGGUACGGAGUGUCGACCGCCGCGUUGAGCUAUGCGAUGUUCAACAAAGGUCUGACCUGCGGAGCUUGCUACGAACUCGUGUGCAAGCUGGAAGGCAGCAAGUACUGCUACCCCGGCAAGAGCAUCACCAUCACUGCCACCAAUUCGUGCCCACCCGGCUCUGAGGGAGGAUGGUGCGAUCCCCCAAAGCUCCACUUUGACUUGUCCUACCCCAUGUUCCAGAAGCUCGCCCAGCCCGUCGGCGGUGUCAUCCCCAUCAAGUACAAAAGAGUUGCCUGCGCCAAGUCCGGAGGAGUCCGAUUCACCAUCCACGGCAACCCCUACUUCAACUACAUUCUGGUGCACAACGUCGCAGGUGCAGGAGAUGUGUCGGCGCUGGCGAUCAAGGGCGAGAAGACCGGGUGGUACUACAUGAGCCAGAACUGGGGGCAAUUCUGGUCGGCCAGCGCGAAUGUCGUGGGUCAGGCAUUGUCGUUCAAGAUUACGCUAGGGAAUGGUGUUUCCACGGAAUUCUCGAACGUGGCGCCCAAGGACUGGAAAUUCGGCCAGACCUUCGAAGCGGACAACAAUUUUAAAUAGCAACCCUGAGGGCUUGUACUCAAGCCCACGAGGUGGUGUGAAAUCUCUUCAUAGUGUACUACACCGUGCCCGAACAUAAAAUUGGUUCGAGGCCAGAACAAUUUUCAAAUUAUUUGGAUUCUAUCGCCGCAAUUCAGCAAAAUGUGCCGCUCGUAGAAAGGAGGAGGCGUGUACAGACACAGUGUGAACACACAGCGCCCACUUUCUGCAGGAUGUGCUGUUAAUUACCGUACCCAGGGGGCUUUGUGGAGUAGAAUGGGAGGGGGAGGGGGCCGGAGAGGGCCGAAGGGCAGCAGUGAGGAUUGUUGAUCGUGGGGAUCUUGUGGUGUUAGCGAGAUUGUGCCACCCGCCCCACGAGCAUGUUGAAUGUUUGGAUUUUACACCUGAGUGGGCUUGUGUACACUCGGACCUGGUUACGUGAUUUGAGUAAACUCGUCUCUUCAUCAUGUGAGACACAAUUGA